UCGUCUUGCACGAUCGAUCGUGUUGUCUUAUGGAUAUGAAUACACCUGAUCAGGAAAAAAGGCAAAUAUCCAAUCUUCCAUGGGAGGAUUCUGUUUGGUUCAUAGAGUUUACACUAGACGAUGGAAACAGUAGUCUUCAAAUAGUUGAUAAGUACUGCAGAAACAUUGGACAUAUUCAAGAAAAUUUAACAUGCAAUCCCCGGCCAGAAGACAUUUUGAACUGUUUUAUGAAAGCUUGUUUGUUUCCAUGCAAAGGCUCGGCACGCAGACCAAGACACAUUGUGCUGAAAGGAGAGCUUCUUGAGCAAUUCCUUGACAAUACUUUCCUCUUUGAGAACUUUGAGCAGCUCGGUGUUGCUUUGGCAGGUUCUAAAGCCACGCAGUCCUCAGGAGAUGUUAGAUGGAGAGAGUGUCACUUCUGUCAUAUUCGUGCAGAACAGAGACUCCUAACCUACUGCCCAAUGUGCCAGGCAGUGCUGUAUUGUUCCAGCGAGUGUCGGAAUGAGGACACACAUGGCAGCUCUGGAUUGACUUCUCACGGCUUUUGGUGUUCAAAGUUUCUCUCAUACAUGGAGGACACUGCUAAACUCUCAGAGCUUCCAUUUGAAUUUUCAUCUGAUACCUGUUCACCUGAUUUUGAUGCCAGCAAAUACAGAUCAUUUCUGAAGGACAAAGGUGUGUUUGGAGAGGGAUGUUGGAGAAGAGAAGGGCUAAUGUCUACAGAUGAAUCUCAAAAACAUAAAUAUGGUAAACACAUUGAUCUGGAUAAUCCGUAUGUUUUACCUGUGGAAUCAUGCAUGUUGGAUGACCCACUUUCAGUAGAUUCCGAGUCAUCCAUCGUGGAUUGGGGCUCGUACUAUGAAUCCCGUGGGAUUGACUUGUCCUCACCAAUAGCCAUCCUACUGCAGUGGCCAUUGACUGUGUUUUUUAUCAUCAAAUAUCUUAUGAAUGGCAGUGAUUUUGACCACCACAUCAACAUUGAUAUCAUUGGAGUAGAAAAAGAAGUAGAACUCAUACCUGUUUUCAAAGAGUUGGGUAACUUGCUAGGUGACCGGGUUAUUGAUAUUCAAAUGUUUGGGAGACAUUUACAUCAUUGUGUGAGGGAGAAAGUAUGGACAAUCUCCAAUAUGACCAUUACAGUACACAAUCAGUUAUAUCACAAGCAUUCUUCCCAGUACAGAGCCCCUCAUCUGGUUAUAGGUUUCAAUGCUGGUUUAGCAGCAUAUUCUUCAUGGAUACCAACCAUCAAAAAGCUGAAGGAUAUGAAGGUCCCAGCAUUCUUCACUGACUACUGCAGGUCCAGUAUUGAAUUAUCCAGCCUGAUGCUGCGGGACCAUUGUGACAUCAAUGUCUCUGACCCCGUGCUGAACCCCUUCCGAUCCCCCAUCAGGACGACCAGCAGUGACCAUGACCUUCCAUGGUUUAGCAAUGCAUAUAUAUUUUGUUUAGAAUAUACAUGAUUCUAAUUCAUUGGCUGUGUUUUGUCCUAUUUUUUAUUUCUUCCAAAAAUGUGCAUACCAUAUUUUGUGGUUUUAUAGUGGUCUACAAAAUCCUGUUGCACAAAUUUUGAUGAGAAAUUUAGGGGCUUUCCCUACACAGAUUCUUGUUCUAUACUAUAAUCGUGAGUCAACAGUUUAGAAGUCUCUGACCUUCUCAACUUUGAUAAUCAGUAGCCAUUGCAUCUGAUUGCAAAAAACAAAGAAAAUCGAGGUAAUCAUGACAGACAAUAUGGUAAUGAUACAAAUCUUUUUACCGGAAUAUUGAAUUCAUGAAAUGAUCUGGAUUUUUGUUCUCUCUGAAAAGAUCACUUGAAAAUUUGACCUUUUGUGUUCUUUUGUAAGGUUAUUGGUCACUUGAAGCAAGGUGACAUGUGAUGGAAGCCAUGCAGGGGUCAGGGGAAACCCCAGAUAUCAGCAUAAUAAGGCCAAAUCACUACCGAAUCACUUAAACAAACUGCAGUAUUAAUAAUAUAUUUCACUCUUUGGCCGUG